AUGGACAAUACCACUCUACUCACCAAGCGCUCGCGCCCGGACGCCCCGGCCGUGCUCGACCCGCGCUCCAAGCGCCACCAAUCCAGCAGCCCCUCCGCGCACCACGUCGCAGAGCUAUGCGCCCUUCUCCUGGAAAAAGUCGGCGUUAACGUCUCCGCCACCACCGACGUCCACGCCUUGAACAAGAUCAUCUCGGCAGAAUACUCCCCCCGUGUCGUCGAAUUACUUCACAGCAUCGCAUCCACCGCCCCCAAGAGUCAUCCUCUCGAUGCCGCCUCGGAUCUCACAGAGACCAGCGAUGAAGAAGACUUCGAUGCUGUCGUCCCCUUCGACGCCCUCCUGCCGACCCGUCCGCCGCGCACUCGUACGCUCAAGAGUGAUGCUGUCGUGCCCGCCAGUCCCGUCCACACUGUCCCCAGUCUCGCUCCCAGGCCUAUCGUCGUGCACCCGCCCACUCCCGCUGCUCCUAAGGUCCUGCCUUCAGCUCCGCCGACCACAGCCGCGGCGUACAAAAAGGAAACGGAGAUCGCAAUCUCGCGCAUCUUCGAUCUCGGCAAGACCGCCAGCGUCCUCAACCCGCACAUCCCGGCAACCGCCCCGUAUCAUGGCCCCUCGGUCGUCACCAUGACCGGCUUUGGCGAGCUUGGCAGGUUUGGAAACCAGCUCAUGCAAUACAUGUUUUUGAAGUGCUACGCAGAGAACAACGCGAUUUCUGAGAUUCAGGUCCCUGCCUGGGUCGGAGCUGGUCUGUUCGGCCUCACGGACAGGCCUGUCCAGAGAGCCCUCCCGGCUGUCGUCGAGUUCAAGGGCACUUUGGCCAACUCCACCUUCACCGACGAUUUCAUCGACUAUGUCAAAAACUCCCGCACCGGCACCCACGUCGCUGAGUUGACACCCGACAGUCUCGAUGGUCCCAACCUUGACUCGCCGCGCAACGUCGACAUCUGGGGUUGGUUCCAGUGGCACACCUCGUACUUUGCGAACUUCAAGCCGCUCAUUCAGCGCACUUUUGCCCCUGUCCCCGCACUCAAGGCCCACUGCGAAUUCGUUUUUGAAAACAACUUGCGCUUCCGCAAUGGCGUUAAACACACCGUCGUUGGUCUUCACCUACGCUUGGGUGACUACCAAAACAUCGCCGCCAGCUCCUUUGGGUACUGCGCUCCGACCACUUGGUACCUGGAGUGGCUCGAAAAGAUCUGGCCCACCUUGGAUAAUCCCAUUCUCUUCGUCGCAUCCGACGAUCUCGGCUCCGUGUUGCGCGAUUUCGCGGCAUACAACCCUGUCACAGCCGACGACAUAGGCUUGCAAGUGCCAUCCGACAUGAAGCAUCUCAAGGCGGGUUUCUUCCCAGACUGGUGGUCUCUCACGCAGUGUGAUGUGUUGGCCAUCUCCAACUCCACCUUCAGCUUCUCCGCCUGUAUGAUGAACCAGCAACCCGGCGCGCGCUUCUACCGCGCCCACUUCAAAGAUCGCAUAAUCCCCGUCGAUCCGUGGAACGCCGACGUCAUCGUGCAUCGCGACAUGAGGAAGGCCGGGUUCUCAGCCGCCCUUGAAACGCUCCAGGUUGUAUACAACACUCAAGGCUCAUCCGGACUCGCCCGCAACUUGCUGUACGAGCUCCCGUACUACGGCAUCCGCGCAGCAGUUAUGAAAGCCGUCUUGUGGCGACAGGCCAACCGCAACGCCGUGAGGGCUGUUGCGUGAGCCUAUAAGCUCCUCGCCCCCACCACCCUUUACGACGUGCUUGAUCACGACUUGCUUCCCUCCCGACACUUGUCAAAACAGCAAAUUAAAUAACUCGUCUCGGCCUCUUGGGCAGCAUUGCUUGAA